UUUCGUCACGGGGAUAUUUUUCGUUGUAAAAAAAAUUUCGCACGUGUGGCAACCAUUAUGUCGGUUACAGCCUUGAGACAUUUAAAGACCGUCAAUAACUACAUUACUUUGAUUCGUGGCUCGUCAUCUUCACGCCAUUGCAGUCUAGUCGCCUGUAGCCGGCAGUCGAUAUUCAAUCGGGGAACAAAGCCGUUACUUUCUUUCGAAACUCUUCCGCGGUUCACGCUCGGUUCGAAUCAUUUUAGACUCGCAUCCUCGCAAACGAUUCAGAGAAAACCAGCAAUGGAAGCUCAUGGAGUUGUCCCAGAUGUCAUCAACAUUGCCCCAUCUGCAACCAUUACAAUCAAAUAUGAUAGUGGAUCAACUGUUGAUGGAGGAAAUGAGUUGACCCCCACUCAGGUGCAGAAUGAACCAAUUCAUAUUGAAUGGCCUGUUGAAGAAGGAGCUCACUAUACUCUUUGCAUGACUGACCCUGAUGCUCCUUCAAGGGAAACACCCACCUUCAGAGAAUGGCAUCAUUGGCUUGUUGUUAACAUCCCUGGCAAUGAAAUCAACAAAGGAGAAGUUUUGUCGCAAUAUGUUGGCUCUGGUCCUCCAGAAGGCACUGGUUUGCAUCGUUACGUAUUUUUGGCGUACAAGCAACCUGGUCCUCUUACUUGUGACGAACCUCGCUUGACCAACAGGUCAGGAAAACAUCGCGGAAAGUUUUCGAUCCGCAAGUUUGCCGAGAAAUACAACUUGGGACAGCCGAUUGCCGGAAAUGUUUACCAAGCCAAGUGGGAUGACUAUGUCCCUAAAUUGUACGAACAGCUUGGAGAUGAUUAAAAUGCCUAUCAGCAUUGAAUGAAAAUGCUGCAAAAACCUUAAGUUUUCAAAGUUUUAGCGGGAUAUUGUUAGCUAAAGUUAUUACUGUUUAACCGGUCAAACAAAUAUAAUCCAUUGCUUAAGAGAUAAA